CUUCGUUUGCCAUCAAAAAUAGGUUACGUUGGUGUGACGUGUGCUUAUGCUGCUGGCGGGAGUUCAUAAUGAAAUUAUUUUCGUUCUAUUCAAGAAUCACGCCAAUGAAUGCAAAGUCAUAAUAAUUAUUUUGAUCGUCUAUGAUUGCAAAAUUUCUUGCAAGCUGUUAACCACAUUUGAAGAAAUGAAGUAUACGCCUGGAAUUCAUCCAAUUAUUUCCCGAAAUUUUCAAAUUUCCCGCUUGUCACGAAGAGGAGAUGUGUAGAACCGCCUGUCGUCAUAUGUUUUCAGUCUGUCGUCUGGUUUGCUUCAGUUUGUAAACUUUCGUUUACCGUCAAUAAAAGCAGCUUUUUGUGACAUAAGUUGCAGUAAAAUCAUUUACGGUGGACCGGAAACGGGUAAAACGUACUCACAUGUCCAUCGGAGGCAAGCCUCUCUUGUACUCCUACUGGAGGAGCUCAUGUUCCUGGAGAGUGAGAAUUGCUCUGAACUUAAAAGAAAUACCAUAUGACAUAAAGCCAAUAAGUUUGAUCAAAGGUGGAGGAGAACAGCACUGCAAUGAUUAUCGAGAAGUAAACCCUAUGGAACAAGUACCCUCUUUGCAAAUUGAUGGACACACUAUUGUUGAAUCGCUCAAUAUUAUGCACUACCUUGAGGAGACUCGACCCCAACGAUCUCUUAUGCCAUCAGAUGUUUACAAAAGAGCUAAGGUACGAGAAAUCUGUGAAGUGAUUCAAUCUGGAAUACAACCUCUCCAGAACUUGGUUGUUCUCAUAUAUGUUGGUGAGGAGAAAAAGAAAGAAUGGGCACAGCACUGGAUUAAUCGAGGGUUGAGAGCCGUUGAGAAACUCCUCACAACAUGUGCCGGAAAAUACUGUGUAGGAGAUGACAUUACUUUGGCUGAUUGUUGUCUCAUACCGCAAGUAUUCAAUGCGAGACGUUUUCAUGUGGACCUUCGUCCAUUCCCUAUAAUAUUAAGAAUUGACAGAGAGUUGGAAAACCAUCCUGCAUUCCGCGCUGCUCACCCUUCUUGCCAACCAGAUUGCCCACCUGAAGCUAAAUAGCUAGGGCGUCCACCGCAGCACAUCAGGCAAGCAAGAGCAUAUCAAAGCGAAUUCUGCUAAAGAAUUAUCAUGCUCUACACUUGUCAACAUUAUGGGACAUGAAUGCUGCUCUUUUCACCGCAAAUGCGUUAAGAUAAGUCCCAGAUGUGCUGUACUGGUGGAUUGAGAAUUUCAUAAAAUUCUCUAUGACUAUUUUUUAGUUACAUCAAAGAACAUUUUUUUGCCUUUGGCCAAAACAGAUCAGAUUUUAGGUAUUGAAAAUAAUUUUAUGGCCUGGACAUAAAAGCAUUUGCAAUAUGUAUUUGUCAUUACCCAAACGAAUUUUGUUACCUGAUGUAGAACGCAUGCAUUUGAAUCUAAACUUCAUAGGUACUAUCAAAAGGAGUCAUGCUUGAUACAAUUUUAUUUCAAUUUUAAAAGUUUCCCAUUGUUACCAGUGAAUUGACAUUCCUUACUUAACAGUUUACUAUUUGCUAAUAGUUUGAUAUUGAUCUAUUUUAGCAAUUAUCUUGAUAUGAAUAUUAUAUCUAGUUUGAGCAAGUGCCUUAAGCAAAUAUUGUAAAAAAAUUAUUCAGUUCAAAUAAUAAAUAUUGUAGCGCUGGAAGCACAAAUUAUAUAACAUAAAUAGUUAGUUAAAUGCUGUUAGAUCUUUUUGAUGAUUGAUCAUAAUGUUACCAAAAGUGCUUAAAAUAAGUAGGACUAGAAUGGUGUCAGAGGCAGAUGAGUCUUUCACCUUUUUUUUAAAAGUUUUUAGAAAUUUUAGACUUUUGUUUCUUGCUGAUUGCACUAGUGUCUGUGAUUAGCAUGGUUUUACCAGUUUUCUGUUUUACCAUUUGUAUUUUUUGUCAUUCCUUAAAUCUCUCUAUCAGUAGGAAGGUGAUGUAGAUACCCUGGUGUGUAUGUGUUCAUAAAAUUGUGCAGUUUUGUCUUAAUGUACACUACCAAGACCCAUAUAUUGAAUGUGCCAUAUGCCAUGGGCUUCCUUGAGGAGAACAUGGGGCUUCACUCACUCCUCCUUAGUUUGAGCGAGCACAGUGUUUGCAAACCCAAUCAAUUUCACAUCAGAAUGCUGGGUAUGACCUGAAACCAGGAUUAGCAUAUGGGUCAUUAUUUGUGGCCUUCUUCUAAAGUCAGUGUUUUUAAUUGACAUAAAGUCAAACUCUAGAGAGCUUUUGUAGUGCAAUACCUUCAUUUAUUCCCUCUCUCAAAUUGCCUGAAAGCAUAAAUAAUCAACAAAAUACUGUGACUUAUUACUUAUUUGUCUUUAAUGUUAUGUUAGCUGGGAGACACAUUUUGACUGAUUACAUGAAAGAUAAAUUUAUUGGUGAAGGUUGAUAAAAAGACAAAUUCUGUCAGCAACAGCCAUGUCUUCCUAAAGUCAUAUGUACUUAACUCAUGAUGUAUUGUAAUCACAAAACUGUGUAAUGUGAUCAAAUACUAGCAUAUCCUAAUCCUAAUCAUAUCCAUUGAUGCGUUGUUUGGGCCAUUAUAUAUUGACCACUUGUAAACACUGAUUUUGUAAUAGAAAAUCACAUCCAAUUUAGCUUAGUAUCUAUAAUCAUUGUAAAACAAAAACAGCCUGAGCUUCAUGUUGUUGUUUUUGUUGUUUUCAGUGGCUUAGUCCAAAAUGUGUUGUUAUAAAAUAUAAUGUCCCUUAAAAUAUCUCUAUAGAAAAUUUACUCGUUUCAUUUAAAAAAAUAUCUAUGUCAUGUCUGCUUUGUAGUGAAAUAUUUGGAAUGUAUGCUAUUUUAGUGGAUUUCCUAACAUUUCAGGAUUUUUCCCAGCCCAAAUUCAGAAUCUGUCUAAAUAAUUGAAUAGAUGAGAGCGAAAUUGAUUAAAGUGUGCAUCUAUCGAAUCACCCUAGUUUUAAAAUCGUCAUCAGCAGCUAAAAAUUAAAAUUCCAUUCAAGAAGGAACUCUUUUUUUUAGGAGACCUAACUUUCUGUUAAGUGAAUUUUUGUAUUAUGACUUUUUCUGGCCCAUGAGCAGGCAUGUGACGAAUAAAAUUUACCAGUACCGCAAA